AUGGGGAGAGCUGACCCAGAGGAAGGGCAGCUCCCAGCUCCUGUGAAGCCCCCUGAUGGUGGCUGGGGCUGGAUUGUGCUCCUUGGCUGCUUUGUGAUCACUGGCUUCUCCUAUGCCUUCCCGAAAGCUGUCAGCGUCUACUUCAAGGAGCUCAUGAAAGAUUUCCACGUGGGCUACAGUGACACAGCCUGGAUCUCUUCCAUCAUGCUGGCCAUGCUCUAUGGGACAGGACCAGUAUGCAGCAUCAUGGUGAACCAGUUUGGCUGCCGGCCUGUGAUGCUGAUUGGUGGGCUGCUAGCUUCUGCUGGGAUGAUCCUGGCAUCUUUUACCACCAAUAUCAUCGAGCUUUAUCUGACAGCUGGAGUGUUGACAGGUCUGGGUAUGGCAUUGAACUUCCAGCCCUCUCUGAUCAUGCUGGGCACCUACUUUGACAAGCGUCGGCCUCUUGCCAAUGGACUGGCUGCUGCUGGGAGCCCUGUCUUCCUCUCGGCCCUCUCUCCACUGGGGCAAGUGCUUAUGGAGAAGUUUGGUUGGCGAGGAGGGUUCCUUAUCAUGGGGGGCCUUCUGCUUAACUGCUGCACUUGUGGGGCAGUCAUGAGACCCCUGGAUAUGGGCAUGAAGCGGAAGAUGGAGAAGGCUCAGGACAAAUAUGAAGCCAAGGAGAUGCUGCCCAUAGGAGGGAAGUCAGAGGAGGGAAUCAGUACCGCUGAUGGAACCAAGAAAGCCAAGAAAGCCAAGAAGAAGCCCAAGAAAGGAAAGAAACUGCUGGAUUUUAGUAUCUUUUCCAACCGAGGGUUUAUCAUUUAUACUAUUUCAAAGUUCAUCCUGGUCUUAGGUCUCUUCGUGCCCCCCAUAUUGCUGGUUAACUAUGCCAAGGACACAGGUGUACCAGACACAGAGGCUGCAUUCCUGCUCUCCAUCAUUGGUUUCAUAGACAUCUUUGCCCGCCCAGCCUGUGGCAUGGUGGCAGGGUUGAAGUGGGUCCGUCCUCACGUGUCCUACCUCUUCAGCUUUGCCAUGCUCUUCAAUGGUUUGACAGACAUCUGCAGUGCCAGGGCGAGCAACUACACGGGGCUGGUCAUCUUCUGUGUCUUUUUUGGCAUCUCCUACGGCAUGGUAGGGGCGCUGCAGUUUGAGGUGCUCAUGGCCAUCGUUGGCUCCCAGAAGUUUUCCAGUGCCAUCGGGCUUGUUCUGCUUAUUGAGGCUUUUGCUGUGCUCAUCGGUCCACCCUCUGCAGGCCGCUUGGUCGACGCUCUUAAGAACUACGAGGUGAUCUUCUACCUGGCGGGCUCGGAGGUUGCGCUCUCCGCUCUCUUCCUGGCCAUGGCCACCUACUGCUGCCUGAACCGUGGGAAGAAGGAUCCUCCCCCAGAGAAGAACCCCUCUGCAGGUGGUGGGAGCGACACGGAAGAAGCAGAGUCCGACGUGCAGGAAACUGACGAGCACAGCAGCAACAACCACCAGCUGGGCCACAACACCGACAGCGCCGUGGUGGCAGCCAACGAGGAGGCCAACCAUGUGGCAGAGGAGCAGAGUGGGGAGGGAGGAGGGUGUCCUGAGGGGGAUGGGGAGGUGUUGGCACGAGAAGGCUGCAACGCUGACCAGAAGGUGGAGAGGGACAGUUUUUAGCCAGGGCAGAGGAACGGGGAUAUAUAAAGCUGGCCUUGUUCGCACGCACCUCAAGCGUGGGAGGGUUGGUGGGACAUGCGAUGGAGAAAGUUGAGACAAAAGCAGAUGUAAGAAGUAAGAGGGAGAGGUAUAAAAAUAGCUGGUCCUUAUGUACAUAUGUCCACAUACCUCCCCGGUGAUAUGUCUGUUUGCAUCCUGCACCUAUGCUGGUACAACACAGGCCCACCACAGCCCAAACAACAAAAAAAGAAAAAAA